UGCUCGUGGCGUGCCACUUCGUGCAUAAAGAGCGGGCCACUCACUCGACGUCCGGCCUUCACAUGACCAGCAACAACAGCCACCAUAGCUGCAAGCAAGAGUACAAACCGCACGAAAAGAUGCCUGGAAUCGUCAAGAACCCUCCGACGUCGUCGCCCCUUGUCGCGCCUACCGGUGGAUUCAACGGGCGAUGCAAGUACAAGUCGGGGCGGUGCAUGAACGAACGCACGCUCAAAGACAACGGACUCCCCCAUACCCUGUGCGAAGAACACCGCGUCCUGCACAACAAAAACCAGCGCAAGUCAGACACGAAACGCAGGCGGCUACGCAAGGGCCACCUCGCGCCAUUUGACCAAUUGAGGCACGCGCCAACGUCGCUGUCGGCGCCGUCCAUGCACCUGAUACAUCACCACCAUCUCCUCGAGGAGUAUCGAUCUGCAGGGAGCACGUACAGCUCCGACCAAGAGGGCAGUAUGCAUGCAAACGACGACGACAUGUCGGACCCCGACGACCGCAGCCCCAGGACCCCCACCAUGGACUCUUCACACCACACUCCCCCCACCAUCAGCAAUAGCUAUCAGACUUCCACGAACAUGGAAUGGUCGACGGAGGAGAUCUGGAUGCUGCAUUCCAUCCUUGGCAUCGACCACCAUCUGCCUCCAACAUCUUGCUAGCGCCCCCCGUCCUGUAAUAUAUCACCGGCUGCGACGGCGUGCGCGUUCUCAAGACAAACGCUCUUCCGGAUACAACCGGAUAGUCCCACUCGCGCCAGCGUCAUGCUGCCACGAGUCAUUCCGAUCUCCGCCACAAUCUGGCGACAUUAACCGGAUACAACCGGAUACGAACCCCGUUUCAUUUUCUCGACGUAACUGUUUGUCCUUGAAAAUUCCCGUCGCGACAGGCAGCCCGCACUGCUUUGCCGCCAUCGGCAGUGGCGUCGCAAUCUUGGUCGGCUAUUUUCUCGUACGAAUGUCGAGAAGUUUCCUUCCGGAAGGGACUGAGGCCGCCACGCGAGGCGGCGAUUUCCUUCAGGGGGUAGGACUAUCCCGAAACGUGUGGUGGACAAGAGACUUGGCGUCGGUGAGUACAAACGGCGCUGGCAUGAUAGUGUCGCAAUGGGCCUGGCGUCGAAGGAUUUUGCCUGUGGCUGGCCCGUCGAGAACAAUCUGGCGAAAACAUCUCGCCAGAUAAGAUGGGCCAAG